AUGCAAGAUCAUGUAGUUCAUGCCCGCUUCCGUAAAAUCGCCGCGUCACCUUACUCUUUCUCAAACAUUCGAAAGAUGGAGCCUUUGCUCGACAAACACAUUGAGCGCUGGACAUCCAGACUAGAUGCGUUCGCUAGUUCCGGUACCAAGAUGGACUUUGCUCCGUGGGCAGUCUACCUUGCCUACGACAUUGUCUCUGAAGUUGGCUUCGGACAGCCAUUCGGCUUCAUUGAGCAGGGAAAUGAUGUUGAAGGACUUAUUCAGGGGUUCCACGAUGGCCUUGUGCCCUUCAUUGAAGCCCGCGACGAAUAUGGAAACCCUCUUGAUCUGAAUUACAUCAAAGCCGAGAUUUUACUGGUCUUGCUUGCUGGAGCUGAUACCACGGGCACUGCAUUCCAGGCUUUCAUGAUACAUAUCAUGACACAUCCCGAAGUUUAUGACCGUCUUAUGAACGAGAUUGACGCCCAAACCCGAGCUGGUAAUCUUUCAGAAAUGCCUCAGUAUACGGAGGUUCAGGAACAUUGCCCGUUCUAUAUUGCGUGCAUCCGCGAGGCCAUGCGCUUGAAUCCUUCAGCGCCCAAUAUAUUUCCUCGUCUUGCCGGCAAAGGCGGCAUGGAGCUGUACGGCAAACAUGUACCUGAAGGCGCUGAGGUUACUUGCAACCCGUGGCUGGUGCAUCGCGACGAGAACAUUUUCGGCCCAGAUGCUAGCGACUUCCGACCGGAGCGAUGGCUAGAAAGUGAGGAGAAGACAAAGGAGAUGCUCAAGUACAACAUGGGUUUUGGGUACGGGGCCAGAGUUUGCCUGGGCAAAGAUCUUGCCAUGAUGGAAUUGUUUAAAGGGCCUCUUCAAUUCUUCAGGACGUUCAAGCCAGAAAUUCUCAAUAAAAGAGAGCCCGGGAAAUAUGUUGUGAAGGGGGGCGUCAGUUUCUUCAAGGACAUGUGGAUCAACAUCGAGCGACGACCGAAGCCGAUGUAA